UUGCCACUGCCCACUGUUGCCGCACAGCAAGCCCCGCAGCACACCACGCAAGCAGGAGCAGCGGCAGCGGGGCGCAAUAAUGCGGACGCAGGCGAGCACAGCGGCGUCACGGCUGCGGCAGUAAUGGCCGCCUGGUUCCACCACGGCGUCUACUAGCGACACACUUCGAGCCCACCCCUUCCUUGAUUCCUUCACCACACCCCGCUCCGGAUCGCGCACCGCGCCUGGCCCCCAAACGCAAUCUUCUGCCGAGCGGCGCCGUUCAUUGGGUGGCGACUGGCGAGGCGACCCCGGCUCUCGGUGUGGUCUCGGCCGGCGUUGAUCAGGUUGAUGCGAGUGAGAAGGGCGGCGCGAUGGGCAUCUCGGCGAGGUGGCUUAAGUCGUUGGUUGGGCUGAGGAAGGUGGAGCGGCAGCAGCAGCAGCAAAAGGAGGAUGAAGAUGUUGGACGGAUGAAAAAUGAUGCCACAGAACUGUUACAUGGCCAGAAUCAGCACUUCCAAGAUGACAGCAGCCUUGCUGCACAACAAGAUUUCACAGAAGUUGCUAAUGGAAAUGGUUCACGGGAAGGUGAUUCGGAUGCGCCUUCAUGCUUGGAACCCACUUGUGGUUCACCUCAUAUUCCACUGCCUCAAACUGAAGAUGAACUCAACGAGAUCUGGGCUGCUACAGUUAUUCAGACAGCAUUUAGAGCUUUCUUGGCUAGGAGAGCCCGUCGAGCUUUAAAAGGGCUGGUUAGGCUUCAAGCCCUUGUAAGAGGUCAUAUAGUGCGAAAGCAGGCUGCUACAACGCUCCGCUGCAUGCAAGCUUUGGUCAGGGUUCAAGCCCGUGUUAGAGCAAGGCGAGUUCGCAUGGCUUUGGAAAACCAGAUCGAACAGCAAAAUAGUUCACCAGAGCAAACGAAGGAGGCACAAGUUAGAGAAAUUGAGGAUGGCUGGUGUGAUAGUAUUGGUUCUGUGGAAGAUAUCCAAACAAAGCUUUUAAAGAGGCAGGAAGCUGCAGUUAAACGCGAGCGAGCCAUGGCCUAUGCUCUUACUCAUCAGUGGCAAGCAAGUUCAAGACAAGCGACAGCAUUUGAACCUGACAAGAACAGCUGGGGCUGGAAUUGGCUAGAGAGAUGGAUGUCUGUUCGUCCAUGGGAGAGUCGGUUCCUUGGUGCUUACACAGCAGACGGGAUUGUCAAGGUUAAUGAAUUGAGGCAACCUGACAGAAGUGCAACCAAGACUCCAUACAGAAAACCUGUUAAAAAGCAUGAUUCACUUCAACCAAACACAUUGAACCAGAAGGUCUUCCCUUCGAAUUCAGAGGGUGGUGGCUCCUCAACAAACCGUUCAAAUGGUCCCGUAUCUGGUAAAUCCAGGCUGAGGGUGUUAGCCAGAGAAGGUUCUGAUGAAGCUCUAUCUCAUCCUUCAGGACUUGGUGUGCGUUCCACUAGUAAUCCAAAGGAGAGGAAUGGGGAUUUGGAUUCACAUGUUCAUAAAAGACUCUCCUUGCCUGGCAGUGGUGUAGAAGCUGGCAAACGUCUGACGAAGAAAACCAUGGUUAACCGAUCCCUGAAGUCUACAAAAGAUCACCAGAUGUUGCAGUCAAGGCAUCACCUUGCCAGUUCCAUUGAUCCGUUGCCUAACAGAGUUGAGCUGCAGACUUGAGAAGCCAUGUGAAGCCUGAUCUUGGAUUGCACUUAGCAAGUCAGAAGUCAUUCCUCGUUCGUGGAGCGAAGAUCGAUCCAGCAUUCGCUGCGAUGUAGAUGUGGCCUCAGCUCAUUUCAUGAGAGAUUAGAUUGGCCAUAUCAUAUAUCUGGAGGUGACUAUUGGGUGUAUUGUUGUAUUUGUAAGCUGUAGCUAUGAGCUGUAAAUUUUUGUGCUUUGACUUGUGCCGUUGUGCGUUUGUGUGUUGUCGGUCUAUGGUAUUGGUAUACCUGUCUCUUCGAAGGUUAAGCGAGGUAGAUCUAUUGAACUGUUUUGUCGUCCAUAGUAUUGGUAGUUUUGUAGAGAGUAAUAGUUGCAGUAGAGACAACUACUAAUUGCACAUGCUGUUAUCUCGAUUUUCCA